CACAGUACCGCGAGAUCAAACUUUCUCAAUACGUGCUCUAAUCGCUCACGCGAUACUUCAACGUGACAUGCUUUCGGCCUUCCUAUCAACGACACUUUUACUACGCAAGUCAGCAGCAGUGGAUUCGUUUCCCCGGAAAUGCAGACACGUGAUAAUGACAUCACCGCUGUUAGCCCCAAUUUCCCGCGAAACAGACUACACGCGCCCAUUAAAGGAGGAAAGUCAUUGCAUGUCACUGCAGUCGCUAUGAUGCUGGGUAUACCAAGGCAGAAAAAACGAAAAAGACCUCAACAGGAUGCUGAGCAUCACAUUACUUGUAAAACAGACAAGCCUGAGCUUUAUGAGCAAGUUAUCAGCAAAUAUAAAGGACGUGGAGUUUUCACCACUGAAGCAUUUUUUAGAGGUGAUUUUGUCCUUGAAUACAGAGGUGAACUUCUGACUUCAGAGGAGAGCCUUGAUCGAUCUAAACUCUACAAUGACGUUGAGAACACAUUCUUGUUUGAUUUUCAGUGGCAUGGCAAAAAUUGGUGCAUGGAUGCAUCCAAGGAAGAUGGGUCCUUGGGAAGACUUGUAAAUGAUGAGCACAGAAAUCCUACAUGCAAAAUAAGAACUGUUGAAGUGAACAAAAAACCUCAUCUGUGUCUUUUUGCUGUACGAGAUAUUCAACCAGGAGAAGAAAUCACUUACAGUUAUGGAGAUUCAGAUUGGCCUUGGCGAGCUAAGGUAUCAUCAACAGAAUCCAGUGAUAAAAGUCCAGUCAGCAGUUUGGAUUUGCAGAAAUUGUUCCAUCAGGCUCCUCCUGUUUCCUCAUCUGCCCUGUAUAAGGUGUACAUCAAUGAACCACAUAAGCAAGUUGAGCCACAACAGUCAGGCAAAGCAAGAACAUCAGAGGAUAAAAUGAAACUCAAAGAUUGCCAUGAGCGCUUUAACAGAGCACAAAUUAAAACGAAAAAGACUGCCAUAGAGCAAUCACAAGAAUAUUUCAUGCCCUCAUCACCUGUGAAGACCACAUCCUCGUCCUCUUCUCCUGUGCAGCCCUCAUCACCUGUGAAGACCACAUCAUCGUCCUCUUCUCCUGUGCAGCCCUCAUCACCUGUGAAGACCACAUCAUCGUCCUCUUCUCCUGUGCAGCCCUCAUCACCUGUGAAGACCACAUCAUCUUCCUCUGCCUUUGUGCAGCCCUCAUCACCUGUGAUGACCACAUCAUCGUCCUCUUCUCCUGUGCAGCCCUCAUCACCUGUGAAGACCACAUCAUCGUCCUCUUCUCCUGUGCAGCCCUCAUCACCUGUGAAGACCACAUCAUCGUCCUCUUCUCCUGUGCAGCCCUCAUCACCUGUGAAGACCACAUCAUCUUCCUCUGCCUUUGUGCAGCCCUCAUCACCUGUGAUGACCACAUCAUCGUCCUCUUCUCCUGUGCAGCCCUCAUCACCUGUGAAGACCACAUCAUCGUCCUCUUCUCCUGUGCAGCCCUCUACACCCUUGCCCUGUGCUGCUUCCACCCCUGUGAUUUCCUCAUCAAAGGUGUCUGAGACACUGUCUUUAAUGGAGAUGCACUCAUUAAGGCAAUCAAGAAAAAGACAGUAUUCUGGGAGUGCCUACAGUGAUUCAGAUGUUACGGAUUACAGUGAUGUUGACUACAUACCCCAGUUCAGCUCAGAUGAAUCAGAUGGAAGUGCUUCUGGACAAAGCAAGGCUGAAAGGAGUUCAGAUGGAUCAAACAAUAAGUCUGAAUGUAGUGAUCCUAGACCCAACAAACGUUUAAGACAUACUAAAUCACCCCUUUCAAAAAGGAAAGCUGAAGAGGCAGGUAUUUCAUCUGCCAAUUGUAUGACAGCAAUGUCAUCAAAAAGGAUGAAAUGCCAAACUGAAGAGACCGAAACCUCCUCUGACAAAAAGACUUUGGUUCAGUCAAUGCCAUCACCACAAAAAAAGAGCAGGUCAUAUAACAAAAAACAGUAUUGCCUUUAUUGCUCUAAGCCAUAUGCAAAAAUGGCAAGACACCUUGAGUUUGUACAUCGCAAUGAAGUAGAGGUUGCAAAGGCUGUAGCUUUCCCAAAACGUUCCAAAGAACGAAGAGUCCAGUUAAACCUUCUUAGAAAAAGGGGCAACUUUGCCCACAACACAGAUGUGGUGAGAAAAGGGGAAGGUGAGAUGAUUGCCUGCUACCGUCCAAAAAAGUGCAAAAACCCCAAAGAAUUUAUCCACUGUAUUCACUGUCAAGGCCUUUACAACAAGCUCAGCCUAUGGAAACACAUUAAAAACUGUCCACUUAAACCGAAGGAUGAUGAAGCUCAGGGCAGAAAAAGAGUAAGAUCUCUUUGUGCCUUAAAAACACCU